CCCCUCGCUGCCAGAUCGACCCGUCCUCAUCCCGGGCCUCGGCAGAUCUGCACGGCCGGCAGCCGACCCCGCCCCGACGGUCCUCCCUACCCACCCAUGGAUCAAGUCAUGGUGAGUCCGUCAACAAGCGGCAACAGCGGCAAGAGUGCAAGGAGCAAGAGCAGAAGCAGGAGCAGGAGCAGGAGCAGAAGCAGGAGCAAGAGUAGCAGCAAGAGCAAGAGCAGGAGCAGGAGCAGAAGCAGGAGUAGAAGUCGCAGCCGGAGCAGAAGCCGAAGCCCUCGGCGAGAUCGGCUGCGCAGUGAGCGUGCACCUCGCCGCAGUCGUAGCCCACUUCGACGUGGCCGCAGCCCUCCUCGUCGCGGUGAUCGUCGUGGUCACAGGGAUCUUACAUGCAACAACUGCAGGAGACCUGGCCACUUUGCUAGGGAUUGUCCAUCUGCUUCUACCUGCAAUAACUGCAAUCUUCCAGGGCACUUUGCAGCAGAAUGCACUUCCAAAACUGUUUGCUGGAACUGCAAGAAGUCUGGACACAUUGCUACUGAAUGCAAGAACGAGGCCUUGUGCCACACUUGCAGCAAGACAGGGCAUCUGGCACGCGAUUGCCCUGCCUCAGGGUCUAACGCCAAGCUAUGCAACAACUGUUUCAAGCCAGGCCACAUUGCUGUUGACUGCACCAAUGACCGCGCCUGCAACAACUGUCGCCAGCCAGGCCACAUAGCCCGGGAGUGCAAUAAUGACCCCGUCUGCAACCUCUGCAAUGUCUCCGGACAUCUCGCUCGCAGCUGUCCAAAGACGUCGACCCUGGCUUCAGAGAUCCAUGGUGGCCCUUUCCGUGACAUCUCGUGCCGCAUGUGUGGCCAGCCAGGGCACAUCAGCCGCAACUGCAUGGUGACCGUCAUCUGUGACACCUGUGGCGGGAGGGGCCACAUGGCCUAUGAGUGCCCAUCGGCCAGGGUGUUUGACCGUGGUGUCCGUCGGUUCUGAUAACCGCUGUCUGGCAUAGGUGUUACCAUGGACUUGGAUGGUUAUGGUGCCUGAAUUUCCUUCCUGUUUAGAUAGCUCGGUCGACAAUGCCGAAACCUUUUCGUGUGGUACAUACUCUUGCUUCCUGGAUGUUGUUCUGAAAUGGUUUCUUGUAGCUAUGUACUCUUCUGCUGAACUGGGCCGAACAAGUCGUUUAUACAAAUGCUGUGGUUAGACAAAGUCAGACCAUAUGCCAGUAUCACUGUCUCAAGCUUAUUUUGUAAUUUUGUUGCCGUGCUA